ACUGGUGGAGCGCAGCGCACCACACUGGGAGCGCACGGGAAACUUGUCGAGAACACCAUAUUAUUUUUAUUAUUUUUCCCUUUUUUAAAAAACUCAGCUGAGAGGAAAUACACGUCUCAUCAUUUGGAGCAUUUUCUUUUCUUGCAAGAGCAUGACGCAUGCUGUUCAUAUGACUGAUUUUACUUGAGGCUAUAGAGAGAGACACAGCGACAACGCGACAUGGAGACGUUUACAAUACACGACAUGCUCAUAAAUUCAACUGACCUCAACAAGAUUUUAUGUAAUUUUGGGAUCAAGAACAUUUCGGAGUGCGAGCAGGAGCCUUCGCCCGAACCUAAAGACAUCAACCAGACAGUGCGGAUCGUCCUCUACAGCCUCAUCUUCCUCCUCAGUGUCGUGGGUAACAGCCUCAUCAUCGCCGUCCUGGUGAGGAACAGGCGCAUGAGGACCGUCACCAACCUCUUCCUGCUGUCUCUGGCCAUCAGCGACCUGAUGGUCUCCCUGGUCUGCAUCCCCUUCACCCUCAUCCCCAACCUCAUGAGGGACUUCAUCUUCGGCACCGGCAUGUGCAAGCUGGUCAUGUAUUUUAUGGGUGUCUCAGUGAGUGUUUCCACGUUCAACUUGGUGGCCAUCUCCCUGGAGCGCUACAGCGCCAUUUGCAAACCGCUGACCUCCAGGGUGUGGCAGACGAAAUCCCACGCCGCCAAGGUCAUCACCGCCACCUGGGUCAUGUCCUUCAUCCUGAUGCUGCCCUACCCAAUUUCUAGCACCCUCAAGCCCUUCACGCGCCACAACAACAGCACCGGGCACAUGUGCCGCACGGCGUGGCCCAACGACAUCAUCCUGCAGGCCUGGUAUGUGUCCCUGUUGUUGCUGCUGUUCCUCAUCCCCGGGAUCAUCAUGAUGACAGCCUACGGACUCAUCUGCCUGGAGCUGUACCGGGGAAUCACGUUUGAGAUGUCCAGCAGGAAAUCUGACAGAGAAAGACAGUCCAGCACUGGCAGCAUCAAGCCCAGCGACAGUGACGGCUGUUACCUGCAGCCGUCUAAAAAGAAGAGCUUCUCACUGAGCACAGGAAACCCCAGCACCAAGUCCAUGACGGGCCGUGUGUGCAGCACCAACUCUUCAUCCAACCUGAUGGCCAAGAAGCGCGUGAUCCGCAUGCUCCUGGUCAUCGUCUUCCUCUUCUUCGUGUGCUGGACUCCCGUCUUUGUGGUCAACGCGUGGCAGGCUUUCGACCAGCGCUCGGCCUACCGCCUCACCGGCGCGCCCAUCUCCUUCAUCCACCUGCUGUCCUACACCUCGGCCUGCGUCAACCCCAUCAUUUACUGCUUCAUGAACAAGCGCUUCCGCCAGGGCAUGCUGGCCACGUUCACCUGCUGCAGCUGCUUGAGGAGGGACGGCGGAGCGAGCGGCGGGUUGGGGAGGUCAACUGGGAGCAGGAUGACUAGAGGGGAAAUGGGCAGAACGAGAGCGGGGCCAAAGACCAAUGAGCAGAAUGGUCAUACCCCGCCAAACGGAGCCAGCACACGCUUCACCUACACCGGCAUCCGUGCAUCAGCCUGGAGUGAGCUGACUUAAAC